UGUAAAUUUUGAAGCAAAGAAGGAAAAUGAGCGUUGAAUUGAAAUGAGAAUGUUAUAGAAGGCGCGAGGACACGAAGCGAUUUCGUUGGCUCAGAAAUUUACAAAAACCGCCGCUUCUUCUCCGGCGGCCAUUUUGAUGGAGUGGUAAAAUCUCAAUCAAUGGGCAUCAAGCGAGAGAGUAAAAGGUCGGCUUCUGCAACAUCGCCGUGUGCUGAUCUUAGGGCUGUAUAUCACAAUUGUUUCAAUCGUUGGUACUCGGAGAAGUUUGUAAAAGGUCAAUUCGAUGAAGAACCCUGCGUCUCCGAAUGGCAGAAGUACAGAGCUUGCCUCUCUGAGCAUUUGGAAGAUAAGAAGCUGAAGCGCUUCUUGGAAGAGGAAACGAUUGUUCAUUCCUCCAUGAAAGCUGAAACGAGUUAAGAAUCGAGAUUGGCUUACUUGAAUGAACAUUUUGAGGUCUUCACGAACUUGAAAACCAUGUUUAAUUGUCAUUUUCCAUUCUUUGUUCUUCCACUGUGUUAGAACAAAUGGAGUUUUUUGCUGCUGAAACUCUAGUUUAUUUGAAAAAGCAUCUGAACUUUAGCUACAUGAUAGAAAUUCAACUAGAUCAGCUUAUUAAGAAGAUACGUGUUCUUGUUUAAUAGAAAAGCUCCUCUGUUCUAUGGUGA